AUGCACCGUCCAGGCUUCGCUCCCAUCGUCCUGCUGCAGCUCAGCCUGCUCGGCGUCCUGCAAGGUGCCAAAUGGACAUACAGUGGACCAGAAGGAGAGCACCACUGGUCCAAGCAUUAUCCUUACUGCGGCGGUGCUUUCCAGUCUCCAAUAGACAUCAAGUCCGACCUGCUCAGGUUUGAUCCAACCUUGCGUCCGAUUGAGGUUCAUAACUACAACCUGUCGCCCAACGAGCAGCUCACCCUUGGAAAUAAUGGACACUCUGUGCAGAUUUCAUUACCCUCUAGGAUGCACAUGACCGGCCUGCCCAGCCGUUACACUGCAGCUCAGCUUCACUUCCACUGGGGCUCCUCCAGCCGGCCCGCAGGCUCCGAGCACACGGUCAACAGUCGGCAGUAUGCAGCAGAGAUGCAUGUAGUGCAUUACAAUUCAGACAAGUACCCAAACAUGUCGAUGGCUGUGGACAAAUCUGACGGGCUGGCAGUGCUGGGAGUCCUGAUUGAGGUUGGGGAGUUCAAUCCAGCGUAUGAGAAGUUUUUGAAAUUCAUCAAUGGCAUCAAAUACAGAGAUCAGAAAGUGCAGGUGCCGGGUUUCAACGUCAGAGCCCUGCUGCCGUCUCGGCUGGAUGAGUAUUAUCGCUACGACGGCUCCCUGACGACUCCUCCAUGCUACCCCAGCGUGCUGUGGACGCUGUUUAGGAAUCAUGUCACAAUUUCACGCAAACAGUUUCUCAGUUUAGCAACGGCGCUGUACUCCUCCCACGUUCAGGACUCGGCCCCGGUGCCACUGAAUGGCAACUACAGGAAACCACAGCUUGCCGACAGUCGCGUCGUCCUGGUAUCUUUUAAAGAAGGCAGAGGACUGCAUGGCACUCUUACAGUCACAUCCCCGUUCACGAGGAAGCAUAUCGUUCAGCAGCUGAUGGUGGGGGACCUAGCGGACCUGGCUGAUGAAGGGUUGUAUCAACUCCUGCCAAGUGGCUCGGAGACGCUUCAUGCUGGAAAGAAGAAAAACCUCAAGAACCAACAGAGUGAGACUCUGGCCAAAUCCCAGCAACAAAUGCUGAAUCCAUCCCUUUUGAAGAAAAGCCAGACCAACCGCUAUGUGGGAAAGCUGGGGCCGGCUGAAGACCCGCUGUGCUACGUUUCACUGGAACACAGCGUUUUCCAUCAGCUCAGACAGUCCCACACUGAAAAUCAGCUGGUCCGGUCUCUCAGAAACGCCGUUUUCCCUCAGCUCAACCUCAAGAGCUACUUGGACUGUCGGUCAGACUUGGCUCUGGCGACCGUCAGGCACAUUCUGCGAGGACGGCCAACGGAUGAGGCUGUCGAGUUGGAUCACUCGUUGACAAAAGCCCUGAUGAAACAGAGGAAGACGUCCACAUCAAUGAACCAAAAUGUUGCAAAGACAAACUAUGGUGCCCUCUCUCCCGCCACUGCUUCCAGGAAACUACACACCCAGGGCUAUCCACAUCCUUGGCUUUUGCCGAUGGAGUGGGAAGACUAGAGAGAUUCCCGACAUAGUUGAGACUCAUGUCGUCAGUUUGUGUAGCAGACAUCAGUCGUGUUUCCCCAGUGAAAGGCUGAUUUCCAAACUCUUUGCAACAUUCCUGUCAACAGUCUUUGCUUAAUAUACUUGAUAUUUAAAAAAAAAAGUUAUGUGCACAUAGUUAUGUUGUCCCACAAAUACUUUUGUAGGUUGUUUUGCUUUAAUAUUUAAUAAGUAUAUUUUAUUUAAGCUAUGUAUUCAGAUACAUAACCAGUCUUCAAUGCAUAAAAAAACAAAACAAAAAAAGAUUCAACGCACGUGUCUCAUGCGUAAGACUCUGUAUGCUUCAGGCCACAAGAAGUACCGAAAAUGACUGACAGACAUUUAUGGUGUCACACUGGAUGCCAAGUUCAGUUCUAUAGCAUGGUAAUUGUGGAGCUCAGCAAGUAAUUAUUGUCUAUCACAAUAUAGAGAUGCAGCUAAACCAAAAAGGAAUUCGCCAGAGCUUAAGCACUGUAUGCAGCAUCCCUGUUCUCUCCUACAGUUUAUGUUUCUUUUCCAUUUCACGUUUUCAACAAGUAAACAAACUAAUACUGU